UCUUCUAUCAUAGUGUGUCGCUAGUGACAGUUGUUUCCUGUAGCGGGAAAUUUUGAUUUUACGUUUCCUUCAAAUUGCACAUUUCUUGUUCAGGACUUGUUAUAUUUGGCUUCUUUUUUUUUCCCCAGGAGAAUUGAUAGUUCUGAACGUAGAAUGGAUAAUACUCUUUUGUCCCCUCAUCGUCUUGUGGACCUGGAUCUAUCUGAUUGUGAUGAACACCAGGUCAAGGGUUGUGAUUCUUCCAAAGAGAACAGAAAAGUUGAAAUUUUUGACGUCAGUUCUCAUUUGGAAACUACUUCCAACUGUGAGUCUGGUUUUCCAAAUGAUAAAGAUUUUUCUGUAUUGGAAAUUACUCGCUGUGUGGAACAAUCUCCUGCCAAAGUAGUUCCCACCAAGAAGCUAAGGAAGAAGUUGAUGACAAAACAGAAUAUACCAAAUAUUUUAGUGGAUGUUAUAUCGCCACAAUUUAAAGUUAAUUUGAAACAAAAGAAUACCAGUAUAGAAAAUAAUAGCUUUGUUAAACCUGAUAAAGAUUAUGAACCAAAAGGUGCAAAAUCAUCAUCAAAACCUCAAAAGAAAGGAAGAGUCAUUCCAUCACGAUACAUGCAGUCUGCUCAGAAUUUCAGAACUCGAACACCUACAAAGAAGGAAUCCAAAAGUGGUCAUAAUAUGACUCUGACUGAAACAAAUAGUGUGUCAUCUGAAGAACUCAGUGUGCUGUCAGGAAAUAGUAACAACAACUGUAACAAUCAACUAGAAAGAACAGCAGAGAAGAAUCCAAUUACAGUUUCACUCGACUCAAAGAGAACAAAAAAGUGGGGAAGACUGAGUCUAAGCAAACGUCGACUCCAAACAAAGACGAUCUUCCUUUACCCUAUUCAGAUGCAUCCACAAUUAUUCAAGAUAUGUCAACAUGGUCUGAAGGACCUAAACUCAGUUGUCGCAGAGAUAUUUUCAAAACUACCAAGAACAAGGAAGCUUUACUGCCACUGGAGGAUCCUGAAGUAAAUAAAGAA